UGGGCAGUCUGUCCUGGCUGACUAGAAGAGUCUAGGAUGGCUGCAUCCGGCUCCUACCGUCUGCUGGUCGAGGGGUCUUGGGGCUGGAAUCCUCCGAUGAACUUGAGCACAGGGCUGCAGAUGUACUUCCAGAGACGGAGUACGCCAAGCUGCAAGUGUGAGGUCUACCAGCAGCCCGGGAGCCCGCCGCACUUCAUGGUGCUCUUCGAUCGGGAGGAUGUUUGGCUGAAAGUUCUGGAGGAAGAAGAUCAUGAGUUCCUAUGGUCUGGAAUAGGAAGAUUCAAGUUAACUGUCCGGUUGCCCACUGACUUUGAUGAAGCUCCAGUGUCAAGAGGUGUGGAGACCAUGGACUGGACCCUGAAGGAUGACUUUCAGCAUGAGGAGAAAGGACACACCUUGAAGGAAUUUUAUCCUGUGGACCCAUUUGAGAUUAAUGAGACCUUUGUUGAACCUAUGGAAACUACAUUCAAAAACACCUGGCCCGAUGUAGUUUACCAGCCCAAGAAAAAAUUCCUUCCCCAAGCACCCUUCAUGAGCGAUUUAACAGCAGCAGUCCAAUCUGUACAAAUAUCACAGAAACAGACAGGAGGCCUAAGGAUGCUGUUGGUGAAAGGAGAUGUGCAGAAUGCUAAGACCCAGGUCAUUGUCAAUUCCGUUCCCUCGGAUCUUAGGCUCAAUAGAGGGCCCCUUUCUCAGGCCCUCUUGGAAAAAGCUGGACCAAAGUUCCAGGAGGAGCUGGACGCCGCUGGACAAAGGGUCACUGUACGCUUGGGCACAAUUCUCCAAACCAGUGGUUGUAACCUGCACUGUCACUGUGUGCUUCAUGUGGUGACUCCAGACUGGAGAAUUAACAGCACACUUUCACACAAGAUCAUGGAAGACAUAAUCAGAGGCUGUUUGGAGAUCACUGAGAAAUUAUCUUUACAAUCAAUUGGAUUUCCAGCAAUAGGAACAGGAAAUUUGGGAUUUCCUAAACCUUUAUUUGCUGAAUUAAUCAUUUCAGAAGUGUUGAAAUUUAGCAGCAUGAAUCAACUGAAAUCUUUACAAGAGGUUCAAUUUCUGUUGCACCCAAAAGAUCACAAAAAUAUUCAGGCAUUUUCAGAUGAAUUGGCCAGGAAGAAUAUUGUAAAUCUUAGUGAUAAAAUUCCCAAGACUGAAGAUAUACAAGGACAGCUUCACUAUGGCCCUGAACUUUUAGGCUCAAAUGUUCUUCCUCCCUCAGCUUUCCAAGUAGCUGGGACUGCAGGUCUCUAUAGGGCUGUUUCCAACCCUGCUUUAGAGGUGCAUGAAAUGGAGAUUGGACCCAUCCUCUUCCAGGUGGCCUCUGGAGACAUCACCAAAGAAGCAGCAGAUGUGAUUGUAAAUUCUACAUCAAAUACAUUUAACCUCAAAUCAGGGGUCUCCAAAGCAAUUUUAGAAGGUGCAGGACAUAAAGUGGAAAUGGAAUGUUAUUUGAGAGCUCAACAGAUCAACAAUGGGUAUAUAGUUACUGAAGGUGGAUCAUUGAAGUGCAAGAAAAUUAUUCAUGUUAUUGGUGGAAAUGAUGUCAAGAGAUCUGUUUUCAGUGUGUUGCAAGAGUGUGAAAAGCGGAAAUACUCAUCCAUUUGCCUCCCAGCCAUUGGAACAGGAAAUGCCAGACAAGGCGCAGAGAAGAUUGCUGAAGCCAUAAUUGAUGCCAUUAAAGAAUUUAGCCAAAAAGGGUCAGUCCAGUCUGUUAAAAAAGUUAAAGUUGUUAUCAUUCUGCCACAAGUACUGACCAUGUUUUGUGCCAGCAUGAAAAAAAGAGAAAAGUUUCAGGUGUCUCCCCAGCCAUCUGUGAUGUCUAGCAUUAAACUUGAAAUCCCUGCACACUGGAGUGACAUGAAGCAACAGGAUUUGUGUGUGGUCCAGCUGCACCCUGGUGAUCCAGAAUACAACACUGUGGCCAGAAAGUUUAAUGAGACCUGCUCACGCUGUCAUAUAAAGAAGAUUGAAAGGAUCCAGAAUCCAGAUCUCUGGAAUUGCUACCAAGCAAAGAAAAAAACCAUGGAUGCCAAGAAUGGCCACAAAAUGAAUGAGAAGCAACUCUUCCAUGGGACAGAUGCUGGCUCAGUGCCACAUGUCAAUAAAAAUGGCUUCAACCGCAGCUACGCUGGAAAGAACGCUGUGUGUUAUGGAAAGGGAACCUAUUUUGCUGUAAACGCCAAUUAUUCUGCCAAUGACACAUACUCCAGACCAGAUGUAAAUGGGAAAAAGCAUAUGUAUUACGUACGUGUGCUCACUGGAUGUUUUACAAGAGGACACCGGUCGUACAUUGUGCCUCCUGCAAAGGACCCUCAAAAUCCUACUGUCCUCUAUGACAGCGUUGUAGAUAAUGAAGCUAAUCCAACAUUAUUUGUGAUAUUCUAUGACUACCAAGCCUACCCAGAGUACCUUAUUACUUUUAGAUGCUAACAUUUUGGGGUUCCUUCCCAAAAGAUGUGUUCAUUUGUAAGACAACCAUUUUUCUUUCUUAAUAGCUUUUUCUAAGAUCAAAAGAUCCUUCUUUGUUGCUGAAAUCAGGUACCUGAGUUUCUCUUUCAUAGUAAAAAUGAACCAAUCUUGAGAGCUAAUAAAUUUAAUUAUUUAAAUCAGACACCACAGUUAGAACUGUGUGUCCACAAAUGUGGCCAUCAAAUCUGUGAGGAAAGAACGGUUUUCUAUUUUCAGGAAGAAGAGAAAGCACAGCCAUGCAAUACCAGCUGCCACUUGUGGAAGGGAAUAGCUGGAAUCACGUCAGGGUGCCAAAGUACUGUGGGGAGCUCAGUAUCACACUGUGGGUAGGGCUUGAACAGAUUCCAUACAAUGAGCUUCAUUCUUCACAAACUGCCCAUGUGUGUGGGCUGGACAGCUCCAGCCAAGACUCUGGGACUACAGUGCACUUGCCCCUUGCACAAAUCAUCUCCUAAAGUGCAGCUUGUGGUCUGGGUGAAUUGUCCCAUGGAACCAUGCAGCACAGAAGCCCUGGCUCUAAUUGCCAGAGGGUUCUUUCUAAUGUUGAACCCAAAUUUGCCUCCUUAUGUCUAUUCAUUAGUCUUCAUGCAUCUCUGUGAAAACACUGGGAUGAUGCCUGCUACAUCUUCAAUGGAAAUCCUUCUACUGUGUUAAAAUUAAUGAACUCUGUGGUUAUUAAAUAAUGUUUUUCCCUUGACACCCAAACUUUUGAUGAUUUUAAAGUCUUGUGUAUAAAAAAAGCAAAGGAACUAAGUGAUCAUGUUACUAAUAUGCUAAUUCAGUAUGUAUUGGAUGGCAAAGUUGUUCUUUUUUUUAAUUCCUCAGCUAAAGUUCAUGUUCAAACACCAUUUUAUUGAGCACCUAGAUUGUGCCAGGUCAUAAAAAGGUGCUUUUACAUGCAUUAUUUUAUUC